GAGGGACUGUCAGAUUUUGGAUAUCGAGGAGGAACAACAACAACGCACGAACUGAAACGGAAUUACUUGGGGCUCGAUUUACGCUUGUGAAAGGAAAGUUUUUCUUUGACACUAACACAACCGCUCUUUUCGGAACACGCUGCAACUGGUUAAUCGCAGUUCUCGCAUUCCCGGAAAGAUGAUGUUUACCUCGCUCAACACCGAUUGUGACUCGUCUUCCCGUUGCAGUACCGCUUCCCCAGCCGGAGAAAAUCUCGCUUACUACCCGUCACCUGCCGGACUGUACUCCGGCAUGAGCUCUCCGCUCAGUCAGUCUCAGGAGUAUACGGACUUGUCCGUUUCAAGUGCCUCUUUCGUUCCGACGGUUACGGCCAUCUCCUCAUGUCCAGACUUGCAAUGGAUGGUUCAACCAGUCGUGUCGUCUGUGGCGCCCUCCAGCGGCAGAGUGCAUCCCUACAAUUCCAAUUCUCUCGCCCAAUCCAAAACAAUGAAGCCAAACGUAAAAAUCCAAAGCUCUAACAGGAGAGGCAGAGCUGAACAGCUUUCUCCUGAGGAGGAAGAAAAGAGAAGAGUUCGCCGUGAGCGAAACAAGAUGGCAGCUGCAAAAUGUCGUAACAGAAGGAGAGAGCUCACAGAUACACUACAAGCUGAAACUGAUAAACUGGAGGAUGAGAAAUCUGCUCUUCAGAACGACAUUGCCAGUCUUCUGAAAGAGAAGGAGAGGUUAGAGUUUAUUCUGGCAGCACACAAACCCAUCUGCAAGAUCCCAUCAGACAUGGACAUCACUUUCCCAGAAGUUGCCGUCACUGUUUCCCAUGCGAGCAGCCUGGAAUCGGUUGCUGAUGUUCCGAGUUCUACCUCCAUGGGCUCCAAACUGACGGAGUCUGCCAUAGUUACCAGCACUUCCAUGUCCUCAGCAUCUCUCUUCUCCACCACACCCUCCACCCUUAGCUGCGGCUCCACCACAGUCAAAAUAGCUGAUCUGGAACCUUCUCUGGAGGAGUCUUUGGACCUGCUUGCCAAGGCCGAGUUGGAUACUGUGCGUUCAGUGCCUGAUGUCGACCUGUCCAGCUCUCUUUACGCUCAGGACUGGGAGCCUCUCUACACACCUGCCAACAGUGACCUGGAGCCUCUGUGCACGCCCGUGGUCACGUGCACGCCCGCCUGCACCACCUACACGUCUUCCUUUGUCUUCACCUACCCCGAGAGCGAAGUCCUCCCCACCUGCGGCCUUGUCCAUCGACGUGGCAGCAGCAGUAAUGACCAGUCCUCAGACUCACUUAGCUCUCCAACUCUGCUCACUUUGUGAGGGACCACUACACACACACACACACACACACACACACAAACAUGUACACAUGCUUUUAAACUCUAAACCACACCAGGAUUCAAAACUGCAAAACUGAAGCAAUUUGCUAUUGCCUAACUCUUAUUGUUUAGCCUAACCAUAUUUGCCUCACCAAGUUAUGUAGCGAGUGAAAGCAUGGUUUGACAUAAGUUAAUGAAUAAAUAUAAAAACUUAGACAGAAGACAUGGUCUUAAUGCAUUACUGGUGCUGGAAGAAAUGAGUGAUUAGAGUCUCUCUUGACAUGUGCUCAGAGCAAAUAGGGAACUAAUAACUAGCUAAUUCAUAACCUUUUUUAGUAGUUGAUGGAAAUGUGUGAAUUGUGCUUUCUUUCCACCAAAAAUAUAUAUUAUAUGAAAUAAAUAUAGUAGUGCUUUGUCUAACCAUUAUCUAAAUGGUCUGAUGUCCAAGUAUUGAAAGUUUUCUGUGAAAACGUUUUUGUUUUUCUUUUUUAUUUAUGGAAUUGACAUUUAUUUUUGUACUGAGAUGUGAACUAAAUACAACCUGUUCAACAUUUUAAAUAAAUCUUUAAUGUGGAAAAA